AUGGUAUAUAAAUGUUAGAGUUUUACAAUAUGGCAAUUGUAUUAGAGAUCAUAUUUUUAUUUAGGAUGUAAAAGAUUACUACCUUUGGUGGUGUGUUGGUUGGUGGAAAUAUAUUGUGUAAUUAUAUUUAAUAUUUUUUGAGAUGAAAUCUUUUUCGAAACAGACUAAAGGUUCAAUAGAGAAGAAUCCACUCACAAUAAGAAUCCGAAUAAUGGAACAUCAUCAUAACAUUCUUCAGAAGUACAAGAAGAAAUUUCUCAAAGAAUAUCUUAUAUUAAAAAUUAUAUUUGUUUAUAUAUUAUAAUAUCACCAAAAUAGUUUUAGAUUCCUUUUUAAAAAUUACAAUUUUUGAUAAUUAUUAUCCACAGGGGAAAAAGUUAAAAUUGUAAAUUUAGCUCUAUUUCAAGCAAAGGGGUAAAUUUUCACAAUUCUUUAUGUAUGUGUAAGCAGCAUUUAAAAGAGUCAAAACUAUAUAAUCACUUAACUUUCAAGAAGAUUUUAGCAGAAAUUAAUAUCCAGACAAGAAUAUUCCUCACAACAGCCUAAAUUUUGCUAACCUAAGAAAUUUACAGUUAAAUAACUACAUUAAGAAAUUACAUAAUUUUUGAAGAAUCAAACAAAUGA